AUGAUUAAUCAAUCAAGGAGGAUGACCACUGGACUGGAGGAUGGCGGUGAUGGCGACUGGACUGGAGGAUGGUGGCAUUGGGGGAGGAGACCGGAGGUGGUAGGAGUCGGCGCUGAAGAAGGAGAUGUCGUCAUGUUUUUUUGGAGGACCGAUCUGGUUGUUCCUGUUCUUGAGGUCUUUUUCUUCUUCACUCACAUGGAGUUAACUCCUACUUCAAACAAUGCCAUCGUCAACAUGGAGAUGCACCUGGAACCGGUCUAUCUCGGCGAGCCAACAAACAACACAGAACAACCAAUCAAACGCCGAAAGAAGAAAUCCAUGGUUCCAAAGUCGCCGGCACCAGUCACCUCAAACGUCACAUCGCUAAAAGGAAGUUGCCCAGUUGUUCUUCGUAAUCAGCAACAACAUGACUCAUCUUCUCCAUUCACUCCAAUUCAAAAGGUAACCCCCGAUUCCGCCGUUCCAACCACUGAUGCACCUAAACGCCGUUACAGAACCACCACCAAUUUCCCUUUCGUUGGAUACGACGCUGACACCUGUCGCCAGGAGAUCGCCCGGAUGAUUAUUUUACACGAUUACCCACUUCACAUCGUUGAACACCCUGGAUUCAUGGCUUUCAUUCGUAACCUUCAGCCUCGUUUUGAAAUGGUGAAUUUUAACACUGUUCAAGGUGACUGUAUCGCAACAUAUCUUAGAGAGAAGCAACGGAUUCAGAAUCUGAUUGAAGGGAUGCCGGGUCGGAUCUGUCUCACUCUUGAUCUCUGGAAUUCGUGCCAAACAACAGGUUAUGUUUUUGUAACGGGUCAAUUCGUUGAUAGCGAUUGGAAAAUCCACAGAAAGCUACUAAACGUUGUAAUGGAACCAUACCCGGAAUCUGAUUCCGCUUUCAGCCAUGCGGUGGCUUCUUGUCUAUCGGAUUGGAAUAUGGAGGGGAGAUUGUUUUCACUGACAAUAAACCAGAGUUUGAGUGAAGUUGGAAUCGAGAGUCUCAAAAGUUUGCUUUCAGAGAAUCCGAACAUCCUCGGUGGUCAAUUUGUUGCUUAA